GUUUCAUCAUUGUCAUUGUGGCUCCAUGGUGCAUUCAUUGCACCAGAUUAUCGACUCACCGCAACAAGCAGAGUUAACAUGUUCCGCCGUCUCGCCGCCACCUCCUUCCAGAAACGCGCGCUGUGUCGCGCCUUCGCGACCACCGCCCCACUCCUGAAUCUGGAUUACCAGAUGUACCGCACCGCCACUGUCCGCGAGCCGGCGCCGCAAUUUGCUGGAAAAGCAGUGGUAGGCGGGGCCAUCAAGGAGAUCAACAGCAACGACUACAAGGGCAAGUAUGUCGUGCUGUUCUUCUACCCCAUGGACUUCACGUUUGUCUGCCCGACAGAGAUUACGGCCUUCUCGGACCGCAACGCUGAGUUUGAGAAGAUCGACACGCAGGUCAUUGCCGUCUCGUGCGAUUCCGAGUUCUCGCACUUGGCGUGGGUGAACACCCCGAGGAAGAAGGGUGGUUUGGGUGAGAUGAAGAUCCCCGUGCUCGCCGACAAGAACAUGGAGAUCGCACGGGACUACGGUGUGCUCAUUGAGGACAUGGGUGUUGCUCUUCGCGGUCUCUUCAUUAUCGACAAGAAGGGCAUUCUGCGCCACUCCACCAUCAACGAUCUCCCUGUUGGCCGCAACGUCGACGAGGCCCUGCGUGUUGUGGAAGCGUUCCAGUACGCGGACGAGCAUGGGGACGUGAUCCCGUGCGGGUGGAAACCGGGUCAGCCUACCAUGGACCCCAAAAAGGCGGCAGAGUUUUUCGACAAGAACGCGUAA